AUGGCUUUCUUCGCCAAAAUUCGACAAUUUCAAUGGCACAAAGAUGGAAGCCAAUACACAUACAGAUUCCUCGAAACUCCUAGUUCUUCCCAGAGAAGCCCAUCUGAAGAAAAGGGAUCAGAAGACGGUCUUCUCGAAGAAAUACGAUAUCACACGCUUGCUGCGCGACGGCCUCUUUGGAAAAAUGGCCGUUUCAUGAUUAUUCUUCACAUUUUGCUCUUUUCUCUAUAUAUUGGCAGUUUGAUUGCGGUGUGGACGAGCAAAAAUACAGCUCAGAUCCGAGCAGCUGGGAUGCCCUUCUUGAAGAUAUUAGAGUGGAAAGACACCCAAUUCAGCCUGGAGGAUCGGAUCACGGAAAAGGGGUCUUUCUCGGGGAAGCCGAGUGCAGAACUAGACAAAGCCUGGCAUGACUUACUCAAUUAUGAGAACAUUAUGGUGGAGCCAGAAUAUAUCAAGCACUAUGAUCGUGAGGAUAUCACAGUCCGCAUCCCUGACGGUGAUGGCUAUAUCGGCACCCUAAACGUAUAUCAUGAGCUCCACUGCCUGAAACGUAUCCACCAGUAUAUGUACCCUGAUUAUUAUUUCCCGGGCUUGUCUGCAAACGACAUAGAAAUGAAUAGACUACAUAAUGAACACUGUAUCGACUUCCUUCGCCAAUCUGCAAUGUGCCAUGGCGAUGUUGGGUUGAUCACCUUCGAAUGGAACGACAGUAGCCGCAUUCCCCUCGCAAAUGCCACAUCACAUCAAUGUGUGAAUUGGGAGAAGUUGGAUCAGUGGACAAAAGCAAGAACAGUUGAUAUGAUGAAGCCGGGUUGGUUGGUUCAUCCUACCUAUGGUGUCGCAUAUCCGUCUGGCGAAGGUGACAAGAUUGGUGCAAUUAGUGGGCAACAUAUUUAA